AUGUCUUCAACAUUAGCUAAACAACAAAAAUUCGGUAACACUGGUAUCAAGAUUUCACCAAUUGUCGUCGGCUGUAUGUCUUAUGGAUCUAAACAAUAUUCUUCAUGGAUGGAAGAAGAUAAAGAAAAAGUAUUUAAAGUUUUAAAAUACUGUUAUGAUCAUGGACUACGUACUUUUGAUACAGCAGAUGUUUAUUCAAAUGGUGCAAGUGAAAGAUUAUUAGGUGAAUUUUUAAAAGCUUAUAAUAUUAAGAGAGAAACUGUUAUUAUUAUGACUAAAAUCUUUUUCCCUGUGGAUGAAACUUUAGAUCCUAAUUUCCGCCGUAACUUAGAGGACAAGUUAACUGUAUUAGAGAUAACUAAUCAACAAGGUUUAUCACGUAAACAUAUUAUGGCAGGUGUUAAAAAUUCUGUUGAAAGAUUAGGUACUUAUAUUGAUAUUUUACAAAUUCAUAGAUUUGAUCCAAAUACUCCGAUUAAAGAGACAAUGAAAGCAUUAAAUGAUGUAAUUGAAAUUGGUGAUGUUAGGUAUAUUGGUGCGUCAUCCAUGAGACCAACACAAUUUGUUGAAAUGCAAGCAAUUGCAGAAAAAUAUGAUUAUCAUCAAUUUGUUAAUGUUCAAUCAUGUUAUAAUUUAUUAUAUAGAGAAGAUGAACGUGAUUUAAAUUUAUAUUGUCAAGAACAUAAUGUUGCUUUAACUCCAUGGUCACCAAAUUCUCAAGGUAUAUUAACAAGACCAAUCGGUACACAAACUGAAAGAUUUUCUAAAGAUGCUAUUGUUAAUGCUUGGGGUUUAAAUAAGUUACCACCUGCUGAUACAGAAAUUGUUAAUCGUGUUGAAAAAUUAGCUAAAGAGAAAAAUAUUUCAAUGGCAACAUUAUCAACUGCAUGGGUUUCAACAAAGGGUUGUUUCCCAAUUGUUGGGAUGAGUAAAAUUGAAAGAGUUGAUGACGCAUUAGCUGCAUUAGAGGUUACCUUCACUGAAGAAGAAUUAAAAUAUUUAGAAGAACCAUAUGUUCCAAAAUCCUUCCUUUACUGA